AUGGCUGACCUCUCAGCUUCCUCGGCCGGAUGGCGCCGCCUGCCCAAGACAUCCUCCGUGAGCCUGACGGAAGCCGCGACAGCAACCCAUGAGUUCAGAGUCACCAGCUACUCGCUGCUCGACGGCGUGGGCGUCGGCCAGCAUGUCAGCUCCAGCAUCUUCAGCGCCGGUGGCUGCCACUGGAUCAUCAGGUUCUACCCAGAUGGCUGCAAGGAGAACGGCUCUGCUGCCUGGUCAUCGGUCUUCCUGCACCUUCUCUGGGGAGCCACGGAUGUCCGGGUCAUGUACGGACUAGGCAUCCUGCAGAAAGAUGGCACGGAGGUCUGGCCAGUGACCCAGACUGCAACAGAGAUCUUUGAAGCGCCAAGCGACAGCCGGGGCUACCCUGAUUUCGUCGCGAAAUCCUGGCUGAAGCACUCGUCGUGCCUCGACGGCGAUUGCCUGACGAUCAGGUGCGUGCUGACUGUGAUCAAAGGGUCUCACGUAGAAGAUGUUGAUGUUGGUUCAGUUGGCAGCUAUGCUUGGUCGGUGUUCAGAAUUGCUAGGCCAAUAUUUGCAGCGUUCUGGCAUUGCCACGGUUUGGUCAGGGAACUAGUUGCUCGUGGAUCGGCCAAGUUCAGGCAAGCGGAAGAACUAGACCCCCAAGGUGGGUAG